UCCACAGAGACACCAGGUCUUCACUCAAACCAGAAUGGCACCUUGCUCCUACAGCACAGACUACAUCAGCCUCAAGAUGUCCGAAAAGGAAAGACAUAAAUUGAGAAAGCCAGUGGUGGAGAAGAUGCGCAGGGAUCGCAUCAACAGCAGCAUUGAGCAGCUCAAGGCCCUGCUGGAGACAGAGUUCCGCAAGAGCGACCCCAGCGCCAAGCUGGAGAAAGCCGACGUCCUGGAGAUGACCGUCAGCUUCCUGAAGCAGCAGCUUCAGCCUCGGGCAGCGGCCAAUCAGAUGGGCUACAGCCACGGCUACUCUCAGUGCUGGGGAGAGGCUCUGCGCUACCUGUCCUUCAGCUCCAAGGGGAACGUCUCGGUCAAGCAGCGAUAUGGUUCACAUGGCACCCAGGUGUCCACCAAGAAGCUGUGUCCUGAGUCCCCAGCCAGCUCCAAGCAGAGCCCUUUCACUGCAGGGCAGAGUGCUGGAGCUGGGCUGCCUCUCUGGAGGCCCUGGUAGAGACGCUGCACAGACUCUCACAUGGAUCCUUGAGGGGAGUUUGACUUCCUCUCAACUCGUAGGAAAUACGCCUUUCCCUUAUUUUCAUAUGUAUUAUGUUGUCUUCAUAUUGAAGGAUGAAUUCUAUUCGGCUGAAUUCAAUAUAUGCUCGAUAAAUGUAUUCAGUUUUGUGAGAUUUGUUUUGCUUUAAAACCAUAUUACGUUAAUGUACAAUUACUGUACCUUUAUUUUUAAUCCUUGAUAUUUCGAUUUUUUCAGAAAUGUGUAGAAGAGAUGUUCUAAUCUCAUCUUCUGACUCCUGUGGAGUUCAUUCCUAUGUCUGUUUAAUAAAUGGAAAUGGAUGUUAGCGAUGAAAAAUUGUUCAUGGCAGCUAUUUUUUAGAGAAUAUUUCUCCUGUGUUUAGAAACAUUUGCUUGGGUUUGUUUCAAAGUAAAAACAUGUGUUACCUUUGAUAAAGGAAAUAAUUUUAUAUGCAUGCUAGAUCCAUGCUCUCAGAG